AAAACGAUUGAUAGUAGAAUUUCCAAUUCCUACCCGUCAGUAUCAGUAAUCGUCCCGAGGAAGCAGCAUCCGAAUCCGUACACAGCAGCAGUGAUCGACGCACGCACGAUGAUCAAGUCACGCUUAAAGUUACUAAUCGCCUUAUUGUUGAUCAAUUGUUCUCUUAUCAGUACGGUCCGAUGUGACGACGAUACAUCGUAUACCUCAUCGGAAAAUGUGGACGAACAUAACAAACAUGUUGGCGAGAGCUUGAUUUCGGGACAACUGUUCGCCAUAAUCGAUCUGUACAAGCAGGAAGACCCCGUGGGCUUACCCGGGGCAACCGUUCCCGAUCCGAUGCCCAUCCCGGAAAUCAAACAGUCGUUUUCAAUUGCCAAAAUGCAUAUGAAGAAUGUACUAGCAUACGGGUUAUCCAAGUUUCGCAUCAAACUGCUGAAGACGGAGUUGCACACGAUGAAAGUUCAAACCGGUGUUCAGAUUGACGAGAUGUUGGUAAAGGGAAACUACACCAUGAGUACAUUCUUUAAUCGAGCGGAGGGUCCGUUCACAGUAGUGCUGAAGAAUGUGCUAACUAAGGGUAACGUUUCACUCGGUGUUGAUCGGGACGGUAAAGUUCGAACGCAGGAUAUCAGCUUGGAUAUUGCAUUCGAUGAUAUGUCGAUGGACUUUCAGAAUCUUGGUUUCAUGGGAAGUAUUUUUCAGAGUGUGGUCAACUCGGCGUCUAAUUUGGUGUUCGAUACUAUCAAACCAUUUAUGUUAAGCGAGGCGUACUCCAAGAUUCGAGCGGAGAUCGACACGCGAGUGGAGAACGUCACUACCGAUAACAAUAUACUGUUUCCGAAUUCUAUUUCUCCACUGGAUAUGGCUAUCGGAGAAGCCCGAACGCUAGUGCGUAGUAAAAAGCUAGAUCCGUACUUAAUCCCAGACUACAAUACGACGGCAGGAAUAUUCGAAAUGCAUACCGCACAUACAUGGAUUAGAGGCAUUUCUAGCUUCUACCGGUACGGAGACAUUGGAAUCAUAAUGCAGAACAAUACGGUGGCACUGACGAUGCAAAUCGGUACGCAGAAGAUUAUGGGUUCGACCCAAUGGGAGGUAUCGGUGGGUCGCGGAAUGGUCACCCGUGCGGGACAGGCCCAGUUUACUGUUGAGCACAUCAAGGUAGCAUUCGAAGUUCAGCAGCCUUUGGAUCUACGGAAGAAACCGAAACUGAACGACAUUCAGCUGGAACUGGGUAACAUACAGGUACGUUGCGAUGGUGCGGGUACUUUGGAUUACGUGGUAGAAGCGGUAGUGAAUAUUCUGCCCAAUCUCCUACGGUACCAGAUUAUGGAUGCAAUCGAAAAUCCACUCAAAACUCGUGUCCAAGAAAAGCUGGACUGCAUAAACGUAGAACAAAUGGUAAAAAAACACGUGGUUGAAUAUGAGAAGCGUGGAUUUGACAUGGAAAUCGAUUUUAAAAUUUGUUAGCGGAGGAAAUUUGUAAAAUUUGUUUUAGGGAAGUCAAUCACUUUUUUUCGAAUAAUGAUUAAAAUGAAAUAAAUAAAAAAUUAUUGAACUUAAAUUUGGUUGUAGCGAAAAACAUAUGAUUUCUAUCCGCAGCAGGGCCGCUGAGAGAAAAUUCGGACCCGGAGUGGCUGCAAUAUUACGGGCCCCUGAACAUGAGAAUUACAAAACAUUGUGAGCAUUGGAAUAUCACCGAAUCAAGAGAUUUUCAAAUACAUUAUUUUAACAAAAUGAUUUGCAA